AUGUCCUUUGUCGAACCGUUCACUCAAGGUCAUGGGAGGAAAGCGCGGUCAGGCUUAAAGACAAUGGCAACAAGUAAAGUCUAUUUUCGACGAAACAGACCUGGUACUAAAGCUGAGGAGUGGUGUAAUUGGCCCGAUGAACCGUUCGAAGAUAUGGAAAGUACAUUAGCUGUUCAGCAGUACAUACAGCAAACAAUAAGACGUGAUUUUAACAAUGUGGAUGAGAUUUUAACUGCUCCAGAGGGUCAAGAUGAAGUAGUCUGGAAGUACGAACAUUUGAGACAAUUCUGUAUGGAACUAAAUGGAUUAGCUGUUUGUUUGCAAGAGCAAUGUACCCCAAAAACAUGUCCUCAGAUGACUGCUACUGAACAAUGGAUAUUUUUGUGUGCAGCACAUAAGACUCCGAAAGAGUGUCCAGCUGUUGAUUAUACACGACAUACGCUUGACGGAGCUGCUUGCCUGUUGAAUAGCAGUAAAUACUUCCCUAGUCGAGUAAGCAUCAAAGUCACGUCAGUCAAUCGUCUUGAUUCUGUUUGCCGUCGUGUUUAUAGAAUAUUCUCUCAUGCUUAUUAUCAUCAUCGAGAGAUAUUUGAUUCUUUUGAAGAAUCAACUGCAUUAUGUCGAAGGUUUACAACAUUUGUGUUAAAAUACAAUCUUAUGAGUAAAGAUAACCUGAUUGUACCUAUUGCCGGUGCUGUAGAUGGGGCUGUAAUCGAGGCUCAAAUAUAA